CUGUCUGAACUCUUUCUUCUCCAAUUCAUUCUUUUUCUCUCCUCUGCAGGUCACAUUCCUUCAUUCACUCUCUUUACCUUCAUUUCAGUCCUUCUUUACCACCCUUCUCCAAAAUGAAGCCCUCUACUUUCGGAUUGCUCGCUCUGGCAGCAGCAGCCAAGAUGGUCGACGCCCACACCACCGUCUUCGCCGUCUGGAUCAACGGCGAGGACCAGGGCCAGGGCAACAGCGCCAGCGGAUACAUUCGCUCGCCCCCUAACAACAGCCCCGUCAAGGACGUGACCUCGACCGACAUGACCUGCAACGUCAACGGCGACCAGGCGACGGCCAAGACGCUGUCCGUCAAGGGCGGCGACGUGAUCACCUUCGAGUGGCACCACGACAGCCGCGACGCCUCGGACGACAUCAUCGCCUCGUCGCACAAGGGCCCCGUCAUGGUCUACAUGGCGCCCACCGCGGCCGGCAGCAGCGGCAAGAACUGGGUCAAGCUCGCCGAGGAAGGAUACUCGGACGGCACCUGGGCCGUGGACACGCUGAUCGCCAACAGGGGCAAGCACAACGUCACCGUGCCUGACGUACCCGCCGGCGACUACCUAUUCCGCCCGGAGAUCAUCGGCCUGCACGAGGCCAACACCAAGGGCGGCGCCCAGUUCUACAUGGAGUGCGUGCAGGUCAAGGUCACCUCCGACGGCGCCAACACCCUGCCCGAGGGCGUCAGCCUGCCCGGCGCCUACUCCGCCACUGACCCCGGUAUCCUGUUCAACAUGUACGGCUCCUUCGACAGCUACCCGAUCCCCGGUCCCGCUGUCUGGGACGGCACCAGCUCCGGCUCCUCCUCCUCUUCUUCCUCCAGUGAGGCUGUGACCACCAAGGCCGCCGUCGCCGUCGAGCCCACCACCACCGCCGCGCCCACCACCUUCGCCACCGCCGUCGCCUCCACAAAGAAGUCCAAGGCCACCGCCUGUAAGAGCAAGACCUCCUCCAUCUCCGCUGCCGCUGAGACUGAGCCCACCACCGCCGCCGCUGAGAUUGAGCCCACCACCGCUGCCGCUGAGACUGAGCCCACCACCGCCCCUGCCCCCGCCCCCGCCCCCGCCUCUUCCUCUUCUACCUCCGGCUCCGCCGGCAAGUACGAGCAGUGCGGCGGCAUGACCUGGACGGGCGCCACCACCUGCGUCGACGGCUGGACCUGCAAGCAGUGGAACCCCUACUACUCCCAGUGUGUUGCCUCCGCUUAA